CCACAAUGGAAGCAGCGAGUUCACUCUAUGAAAAAGACUUACACUGUCCUCAGUGCUCUGGGAUUUAUUGCCUUCCUGUUCUCCUAAAAUGUGGCCACAAUAUUUGCAGAGUUUGUUUACAGAAAUUCUGGGAAUGGAAAGGAUGCCGCGAAUGUCCUGUGUGUGGCACUGUGUGUGUCCCUGGGAGACCGCCUAUCAAUUUGGCACUGAAGAUAGCUGCAGACAAUUUUCAAACCCAAAGGACCAGUGGGGAUCAAGAUCUUUGUUCCCUUCACAACGAGAAGCUGACUAUUUUUUGUCAGAAUGACGAAGAGCCCAUCUGUCUCGUCUGCCAAACAUCAAAACAGCAUAAAGUUCACGAGUGCUGCCCAGUAGAGGAGGCGGCCCAACAGAAAAAGACAGAAAUUUCAGCCGUGCUGGAGUCCUUGAAGAAAAAGUUCAGAACACUGAACAAAACAAAGGAGCACUGGGAGGAAACAAAAAACUAUAUCCAGACCCAAGCUCAUGAAAAUGAGAACGAGAUUAAAGAGGAGUUUGAGAAGCUACACCGGUUUCUAUGGGAGGAGGAAAACGCAAGACUGAUGGUGCUCAAACAGGAAGAGGUCAUUAAGACCCAGGUGAUGUGUGAGAAGCUGCAAAACAUCGAGGACCAGAUCAAAAUGCUCUCGUCCACCAUCAGCGAUACUGAGAAAGCCCUCAGGGCAAACGAUUUACAAUUUCUACAGGACUACAAGCAGACAAAGAAAAUGGUCAAAUGCAACGUCCGACAGCCAGAGUUAAUCAGAGAUAUCCUGAUUAACUCUGCAAAGCAUCUGAGAAUGCUGAAGUUUGGAAUUUGGAGGAAGAUGGCGAACAUCGUCACAUAUGUUCCCAUCACUUUCGAUCCAAACACGGCCCAGUCCAACUUAAACUUCUCAGAAGAGUUGACCUGCGUACAAUACAGCAAUAAGCAGCUACUACCUGACAACCCUGAACGCUGCACCAACUGUCUGUGUGUGCUGGGAGCGACCGGCUUCACAUCUGGAAAGCACAGCUGGACCGUAGAUGUGGGCCAAGGCAAAAACUGGUACAUCGGAGUGGCCCAGGAGUCCAUCAAAAGGAAGACGGUCGUCUUCCUCAAACCGACUGAGGGUUUCUGGGUGAUCGGCCUGUGCAAUGGAGACUCGUUCUGGGCUAAGACCACACCUCCCACCAAGCUCACGUUGAAGCAGAAGCCUGACAGGAUUACCGUAGAGCUCGAUUAUGACAAAGGAAAGGUGGUCUUCAUCAACACUGCUGAUAUGACAACAAUAUACACAUUCAAAGACAGAUUUACAGAGAGGAUUUUCCCAUACUUCUCCCCUGGAUUGAACAAAGAUGGGGAAAACUCCAGCCCGCUGACAAUCAGUCCUCAGACUAUAACAGUGGAUGUAGAGUAAACUCACCAACAGUAGACACAUGACUCACAUGACACACUGAAUGUGUGUGUGUGUUAAAGCUGCCAUAACUGACAAAAAUAAGUGAAUUGUUAAAUAUAGUAGUUAAAAUAAUGAAUCCAUGUAGCACUCAUGAAAUUCACUAGCAAAUUGUAUGAUAGUGUACAGUGUAUCCAAUGAACAUUAAGAAAGGCAACAUAUAGUAUAUUCAGUCAAACUAGACUGUUAGCAUUGUGAAACAUCUGAAUUGUUUAUUCGUGUUCAGAACUGAAAUGUAUAGAGUUGUUCUGGUAUCAUUAAUUGUCCUCUUUGUUUUUUGGUUUCCUCUGUGAUGCCAUAUCUUUCAGUUUAGAGUCCAGUUUCCUCUGCAGAUAGGCUUUCUUAUUAGGGUCCAUGGAUUUGUCUUUCUUCCCACUCCCGGCAUAAAGAACGCCUUCUUUGCUUAUUCUCA